CAGUCACUGGGUGGUCGCUGUGGUGACGGGGGAGGAAAUUCUGUCCGUGGCUGGGCGUGUUCGUGGACAGUGGUGAUGGACUGGUAUCUGUCGGCGCCAGCGUUUGGCGACGCCAGUGGAAUUCUUUCAGGAGCUUAGCGUGGGUCCGAUUCCUAUCGCAGGGGAACUAUAAGAGGUCCGUGAUAGGGUGUGUGUGUGUGUGAUCGGGGUACCUCUGGGACCAGUCACAGGGUCCUCGUGUAGUUUGUGGUUAAAGAUCUCUAGAGAUCAGCUACUGAGUGCCCAAGUCACAUUCUGGUGUCUUUGGUGUUGUCCUUUGGCGGGGCUCAGUGAUUGCGAACUGGAGGGUUUGUUUUGUCAGCGAAUCGGUUUAUGGUUCAGGUUUUGUUUGGGACUAAAUGAUUGAGGAACUGUCUUGGGGGUUAAGGUACGGAGGUUUCUGAUCCAGGUUUUGAAAUUAAUCCGGGUGGCGGUGGUGGUAGCGCCACAGAUUCCGAUGUGGGCUGCAGCUCUGGAGGCCUGGGAACCAUGGCAGGUGACGGGUUAGCCCCAGCCCUGGCUGCUGGAACAGAAUUGAUGCUCAUUAGCAUUCCCCUUCUGCCCAAGACCCUUCUCCACGACUGGUUUUUAAAUCCCCUUUGGCACCUUCCAUCACCCCUUGGUCUUGAAUCCUCAGAAAUGGAAGUUUUUGGCGACAUCAAUCAUCUAGCAUACCUAAAAGUAGUAUGUUUUAUAUUUAAGAUGCGGCUUCUACCCUUUGUCCUGCAAGUUUCCAGCGUAUCCUCUUGGAUAUUUCUUUUCAGGUUCUUUCUGACACAAGAAUCCCUAACACUGGAGGAUGUGGCUGUGGACUUCACCUGGGAGGAGUGGCAGUUCCUGAGCCCUGCUCAGAAGGACCUGUACCGGGACGUGAUGUUGGAGAACUACCGCAACCUGGUGGCAGUGGGGUAUCAAGCCAGCAAACCAGAUGCACUCUCCAAAUUGGAACGAGAAGAAGAAACUUGCACAACAGAAGAUGAAAUCUACUCUCGAAUCUGUUCUGAUUCAGGAGGUGCAUCAGGAGGUGCAUAUGCAGAAAUCAGGAAAAUUGAUGAUCCUCUGCAGCAUCACUUGCAAAAUCAAAGUAUUCAGAAGAGUGUGAAACAGUGCCAUGAACAGAAUAUGUUUGGAAAUAUUGUUAAUCAGAACAAAGGUCAUUUCCUGCUGAAGCAAAAUUGUGAUACGUUUGACUUACAUGAAAAGCCUUUAAAAUCAAAUUUAAGUUUUGAAAACCAGAAAAGGAGCUCUGGCCUAAAGAACUCUGCUGAGUUUAAUGGAGAUGGGAAAUCCCUUUUUCAUGCUAACCAUAAACAAUUUUAUACUGAAAUGAAGUUUCCUGCAAUUGCAAAACCUAUUAAUAAGUCCCAGUUCAUUAAGCAACAGAGAACUCACAACAUAGAGAAUGCCCAUGUAUGCAGUGAAUGUGGGAAAGCCUUCCUCAAGUUGUCUCAGUUUAUUGAUCAUCAGAGAGUUCACACUGGAGAAAAACCUCAUGUAUGCAGUAUGUGUGGGAAAGCUUUCUCCAGAAAAUCCAGGCUAAUGGACCAUCAGAGAACUCAUACAGAACUGAAACAUUAUGAAUGCACUGAAUGUGACAAAACCUUCCUCAAGAAAUCACAGCUCAAUAUACAUCAGAAAACUCAUAUGGGAGAGAAACCUUACACAUGUAGCCAAUGUGGGAAAGCCUUCAUCAAGAAGUGUCGGCUCAUUUAUCAUCAACGAACUCAUACAGGAGAGAAACCCCAUGGAUGCAGUGUAUGUGGGAAGGCCUUCUCUACAAAGUUCAGUCUCACUACACAUCAGAAAACUCAUACAGGAGAAAAACCUUAUAUAUGUAGUGAAUGUGGAAAAGGCUUCAUUGAGAAGAGGCGUCUUAUUGCACAUCAUCGAACUCAUACUGGUGAGAAACCCUUUUUAUGCAAUAAAUGUGGGAAAGGCUUCACCUUGAAGAACAGUCUUAUCACACAUCAGCAAACUCAUACAGAAGAGAAAUUAUAUACAUGUGGUGAAUGUGGAAAAGGCUUUUCAAUGAAGCACUGUCUCAUGGUACAUCAACGAACUCAUACUGGAGAGAAACCUUAUAAAUGCAAUGAGUGUGGAAAGGGCUUCGCUUUGAAGAGCCCACUCAUCAGACAUCAGCGAACACAUACUGGAGAGAAACCCUAUGUAUGCACCGAAUGUCGAAAAGGUUUCACCAUGAAGAGUGACCUCAUUGUACAUCAGCGAACUCAUACUGCAGAGAAGCCAUAUAUAUGCAAUGAUUGUGGAAAAGGCUUCACUGUGAAGAGCCGCCUUAUUGUGCAUCAGCGAACUCAUACUGGAGAAAAACCCUAUGUAUGUGGUGAGUGUGGAAAAGGCUUUCCAGCAAAGAUCCGGCUAAUGGGACAUCAACGAACUCAUACAGGAGAGAAACCUUAUAUUUGCAAUGAGUGUGGAAAAGGCUUCACUGAGAAGAGUCAUCUCAAUGUACAUCGGCGCACUCAUACAGGAGAGAAACCCUAUGUAUGCAGUGAAUGUGGCAAAGGCUUAACUGGGAAAAGCAUGCUCAUUGCACAUCAGCGAACUCAUACUGGGGAGAAACCUUAUAUAUGCAAUGAAUGUGGAAAGGGCUUCACCAUGAAGAGUACUCUCAGUAUACAUCAGCAAACUCAUACUGGAGAGAAGCCAUACAAAUGCAAUGAAUGUGAUAAAACCUUCAGGAAGAAGACAUGCCUCAUACAACAUCAGCGAUUUCACACAGGAAAGACUUCCUUUGCAUGUACUGAAUGUGGAAAAUUCUCUUUGCGCAAAAAUGAUCUUAUUACACAUCAGAGAAUUCACACAGGAGAGAAACCGUACAAAUGCAGUGACUGCGGGAAAGCCUUCACUACAAAAUCAGGGCUCAAUGUUCAUCAAAGAAAACAUACAGGAGAGAGGCCCUAUGGAUGUAGUGAUUGUGGGAAAGCUUUUGCACACUUGUCUAUCCUUGUUAAACACAAGAGAAUUCACAGGUAGUCAUUUUGGGAAAGCCUCUUGGCAGAUGUAGGCCCUUAAGAUAUCUGCAAAGAAGAGUAAUUUCAUGAAAGCAGACUACGUGGUUGUUUAUUUAGUGAUCAAUUACUUCAUGUUUUGUGUCAGAGAAAACAUGUACAAAACAUUUGAGAAAAUAUUUUAGGACAUUAUGUCUAAAAAUUGUAUACUGAGAAAAAUCCUAUGAAUGUGGCAGACUAUAAAAGCCUUUGGUGGGAAGAUAAACCCCCUCAGAAGUGAUCAUAGAUCAUGAAUAAACUACCAAUUCGUGGAAAUGUAAUAAUUAUAGGAACGUCUUUGCCCAAAAUAAAACCUCAACAGAUUGAGAGAGUUCACACUGGAGAAAUACUUUCCUCUGGCAGUGAAUGUGGCAGGGUUUUCAGUAAAAUGUUUUGCCUCAUCAUGUGCUAGGAAAUAAUGCAGAAAAAAACUUAUGAAAACAUUCAAUGUAGAAGACUUUUAGGAAAACAUCAGAGAAUUUAAUGAAGGAAAGAAGCCUUGGCAAAAUGAUGGAUGAGAGCUUUCUGUCACAAUUCUAACCUUAACAGAUAAUAUGCCUCAUGUGCAUUUGGGAACAGGAUAGCUUGAGCCAUAUUCGUAGUUGCCUUGUCACUGAUUUUAUACAUUUCAAAUUGUGACUUCCUCUAAUCACGAACUAAAAUUUAAUAUUGUAUAUAAUACCAGAGUAUUUUAUGCCUGCCUCAUUUUAUUAUAUGAUUAGCUCCUGCAUUUCUUUGGUUCUAAGUUUGUGUUAUUUCAGAAUAACUAAAGUACUUCGGAAUGAAACUGGAUACAGUAUAUUCAAUUCAUAAGUGUAAUUGACCAUACUUGAAUAUGUUUAAGUUUAUAAGUAACAUCAGGUGUUAUGAAAUUAAUAUAAAUAAGAUGUUUUUGUAAGUUUUUAUUUUGAAAUAAGUUUAGAUUCACAAAAUCUUACCAAAAUAUUCCAGAGUUCUUGAAUGCCCUUAACCCAGCUUCUUCCAAAGAUAACAACUUACAUAAGCAUAGUUCGUUACCAAAUACAGGAAAGUGAAAUUGUUACAAUACUGUUAACUACAGAAUUUAUUUGGAAAUCACCAGUUUUAACGUGCAUGCAUUUUUGUUUGUUUUUUAUAUGUAGCUUUAAGAAAUCUUAACACAUAUAUUGAUUCAUGUCACCACCACCGUAAUCGAGAUUCAGAAUGUUGCAUCAAUGCAAACUCCCUCAUGCUACUUUUUUAUAGUCACAGCCUCUCCUCAGCCCUAACCCUUGGCAAUCAGAAAUCUUUUCAUCUUUAGUUUUGUCAUUAGUAGCAUGUUAUAAAAAUGGAAUCAUACAGCAUGUACCCUUUUGGUAUUGGCUAUUUCAACUAAAGCAAAUUAACCUGAAAUCCAUCUAAGUUGUUCUGCGUAUCAUUGUUCUGUUUUAUUGGCCACUAAUAAUCUAUGAUACGAAUAUACCACUAUUUGUUUAUUCACCCACUGAAGGACAUUAGUUUUGUUCCCAGUUUUUCUCACUGUUACAAAUAAAAAUCCCAUGAACAUUUGUACACACAGGCUUUGUGUGAGCACAAUUUUUUACUUCUCUAGGAUAAUUACUGCAGAGUAUGAUUCAUGGGUCAUAAGGUAAGUGUAUGUUUACCUUUGUAAGAUACUAACCAGAGUGGUGUUUCAUUGCUCACCAGCAAUAUAUAGAAAGGUUCAGUUGCUCCACAUUCUUCCACUUGAUGCUGUCAGUAUUUUUUUUGUUUUGUAUUGUUUUGUUUUGAGAUGUAGUCUUGCUCUGUUGACCAGGCUAGAGUGCAGUGGCACGAUCUUGGCUUGCUGCACCCUCUGCCUCCCGGGUUCAAGUGAUUCUCCUGCUUCAGCCUCCUGAGUAGCUGGGAUUACAGGCGCCUGCCACUGUGCCUGGCUAAUUUUUGUAUUUUUAGUAGUGAUGGGGUUUCAUCAUCUUGGCCAGGCUGGUCUCGAACUCCUGACCUUGUGAUCCACCCGCCUCAGCCUCCUGAAGUGCUGGGAUUACAGGCGUGAGCCACCACGCAGGACUGGAAUGUUUUAUUUUACCUAUUCUAUUGUGUGUGUAUUGGUAUGAAUACAAACAUACCAAUUGUAUGUGGCCUUCCAUUUGCACCUCCCUAAAGGCUUUUUUUUUUUUUUUUUAAGAGACAAGGUCUCACUAUGUUGCUCAGGCUGGAGUGCAGUGGCUAUUCACAGGCACCAUUAUAGCACACUACAGUCUCAAACUCCUGGUCUUGAGAAGUUUUCUGUCCCAGCCUCCAGAGUAGCUGGGACUGCAGGCAUUUGCCACUGUGCGCUGCUUAGAGCGUUGUUUAUUAAUGCUGGAUAAAGAUUUUAUCCAGCUGGAUAAAGGUUUUAUAUCACUUGCAAAUAUUUUUCCAUAGAUGUGGUUCUUUCUCUUUUUUUCUCAGAGAAAAAGAUUUUAAUUAUGAUGAAGUCCAACUUUUUUUUUUUGAGAUGGAGUCUUGCUGUCUUGCCCACGCUGGAGUGCAAUGGCAUGAUCUCGGCUCACUGCAACCUCUGCCUCCCAGGUUCAAGUGAUUCUUCUGCCUCAGCCUCCCGAGUAGCUGGGAUUACAGGCACCUGCCAUCAUGUCCCACUAAUUUUUGUACUUUUGUAGAGAUUGGGGUUUCACUGUGUUGGCCAGACUGGGCUCAAACUCCUGACCUCAGGUGAUCUGUCCACCAUGGCCUCCCAAAGUGCUGGGAUUACAGGCGUGAGCCAUUGCACCCAGUCUUUUUUUUUUUUUAAUGGAUUGUGGGGUUUUGGCAUUACAUCUAAGUUUUCCUUCCUUACUGUAAUUGAUAAUUCUUUUUCUACUACCUUUGACAAAAUAAUGUAGUUUUGCUUCUUUUUUUUUUUUUUUUGAGACAGAGUCUCACUCUUUCACCCAGGCUGGAGUUCAAUGGCAUGAUCUUGGCUCACUGCAACCUCCGCCUCCUGGGUUCAGGUGAUUCUCCUGCCUCAGCCUCCCAAGCAGCUAGGAUUACAGGCACGCACCGGCAUGCUCAGCUAAUUUUUGUAUUUUUAGUAGAGACGGGGUUUCACCAUGUUGGCCAAGAUGGUCUCGAUCUCCUGACUUCGUGAUCCGGCCACCUCAGCCUCCCAAAGUGCUGGGAUUACAGGCGUGAGACACCACACCCAGGCAGUUUUGCUUUUUAAUAUUUAGCAAUAUCCAUUUAAAUUCAUCUUUGUAUAUAGGGUAAGGGUUAAUUUAAAGUUCAGCCUAUGGUUGCCCAGUUGAUUCAACAGUAUUGAAAACACUGUACUCUUUCCAUUAAAUUCAUUUUGAACAUUUGUAAAAAUCA